GAUCGUCGAAUGAUAUGUAAUCAUCGAAAGAGGUGGCAGCCCGGCAAUAAAUGAAGUCAUCGUAUUACGUGACAGCAGUAAUCAUGGAAAGUCCAAUUGUGGAGGUCGAACAAGGCCAGUUAUCAGGCACUCGAGAAAAUAAUAUCAAUGGAGUUGAUUUCUACGCGUUCAAAGGGAUUCCCUUUGCAAAACCGCCAGUUGAUGAUCUCCGAUUCAAGGACCCAGAACCUGCUGAUUCCUGGAAGGGUAUCAGAGAUGCUUCCAAAUUCGGUGAUAGGUGUGCGCAAAAUGAUUUGUUUACCAAAGAAAUGACUGGAAGCGACGAUUGCUUGUAUCUGAACAUCUACACGACGGAACUGAAGCCUGAAGUUCCCAGAGCAGUUAUGGUUUGGAUCCAUGGCGGAGCAUUUUACUCAGGAUCUGGAAAUGACGAUAUCUACGGCCCAGAUUACAUUGUUGAGAAGAAUGUUGUUCUAGUGACGAUAAACUACCGGGUUGGAAUAAUAGGAUUUCUUAAUUUAGACGACGAAGAAGCUCCAGGAAACCAAGGAUUGAAGGAUCAGGUGAUGGCUCUGAAGUGGGUGAAGCAGAACAUUGAAAAAUUUGGAGGAGAUCCUUUUAACGUCACCAUUUUUGGUGAAAGUGCUGGUAGCGCUUCUGUUCACUAUCUGACUAUUUCGCCACUGGCUCAAGGAUUGUUCAACAAGGCGAUUUUGCAGAGUGGAGUCGCUACCAACACCUGGGCAAAUGCUCCCUUCUCAGCUAAAGAAGCUGCUAUUGAAGUUUCGGCUGUUGUGGGCAACCGGAUAACUGAUACCAAAGAAUUGAUCAAGUUCUUACGGUCUGUCGAUGCGUUGCAGCUCGUUCAGGCAGAGUAUGCAAUCAAGGAUUUGAAAAAGCUCCAUUUGUUCGAGAAUCCCUUCAUUCCUUCGGUAGAUUUAAAGUCCAAAACUCCUUUUUUGAACAUCCCAGUGACCGAAGCGGCUAAAGCCGGGAUCAGGGUGCCGCAUAUCAUUGGGUACACUAGCGAUGAAGGAAUCGUAUUUGUUCCAACAAUAGCAGAGAGUUCUUAUGCUGAAAUAGAAGCAAAUCCCGAAGAACUGCUGCUGCAUCGGACGAUUAAAAGAUUUUUGAAGGAAAGGAACAUAUCUGCGAAAGAUAUCAAGGAGUACUUUAUGGCGGAUAAGGAAAUCAAGCCGGAAAAUGCUGAUAAGAUUGUCCAUUUGUUUACUGCAGUUCAUUUUCUAAUUAAUAUACACCAUAUUCUGGAGCUUCAGCCUUUUAAAGAUGUGGAAACUUUUGUCUAUAAGUUUGAAUUCUAUUCGAAGGACUCUGCGGUUAUGCAGAAAGUAUUUGGGACUGAAUUGGAAGGUACUUGUCAUGCUGAAGACAUAGUUUAUCUAUUCCGACCAAAACUAUUCAACGCGAUGGGAAUAGAACCUCCGGAGAAUUGUUCUACUGAAGGAGUCAUCAGGCAGAGAUUUGUCGAGUUAUGGACCAAUUUUGCGAAAACUGGAAAUCCUAAUUCGACUUCUCAAAUUGUUGACGUUGAAUGGCUGCCGAUUGAAAAUGCGACGGAAUUUAACUGCUUGAAAAUAUCCAAGGAUUUGGAUCUUAUCAGAGAGACAAAUAUAUUGCAUAAACUAUCGGCGAAGUUUCAAAAAUAAAUUGGGUGUUGCAAUGUAUUAUUUAUAUACGGAUUUAUAGUGUACAGGCGUAAUAACGCCCUUUUACACCCUAAGCCUUAUCAUUCUGCUUAGUUAACUCUGUCUUAUCAUUGCGGCUGUGGACCGACUUGUGCCUUCUGUACCGCAUUUGCCCUGAUCCUCACCACUCGGCUAUUGGAACAGUAACAUGGCAAAACCACAGAGAAAUCCCAUGUUAGUACAGUUGGAGCUGGGUUAAGUCUACAGUGAUUGAUAAGAAACUCUUCUUUAUCGACCACUGGAGCAUUAGGCCCCUCUCCUAGUGUGCAGAGAUCCC